AUGGUAGAUUUACUCCAAUUGAUCGUCGACCAGACCUCGUCGGACAACAACUUGAGGCGACGUGCCGAGCUCGAAUUCAACCAAGUUGUAGCUCACGAACCUUCGGAAUCCCUCUAUUUGAUUCUAGAGUUGGCGUUAAACACCGCACUAUCGACAAACAUUCGCCAAUCAUGCUUGUUGCAACUUAAACGACUCGUGCCGAAAUACUGGUCAUUGGGCUUUGCUUCGUUCAUUGGCCCUCCCAUAGCCCAGGACUUGAAACCAGUGAUGAGGUCGAAGUUGCUUAGCCUAGCCUUGGAUAGCGCCGACUCCAAGAUCCGCAACGGUGCCGCUUAUGCCAUUGUGCAAAUCGCCUCUGUCGACUACCCCGAUGAAUGGCCCGACUUGAUGAAUGAGUUGUAUGCGGCUACCACGAAGUCCUAUCGGAAUAGCACGAGAAUGUUGGGUGCGUUGCUGGUGCUAACUGACUUGUUCGAUGACUUGAUCACCGAGGAGCAGUUUUGGGAAGGCGGUGUUGGCGAUGCCGUGAUUCUGCAUUUGAAUGCCAUCUUGGAGAAUGCGGCAGUCGCGAUCGAAGUCAAGAACCAAGCUGUCAAGUUGUACGAGACCGUGUUUGCCAUCUUGGCGGGCCCCGAGCUGUUUAGCACCGAGGAGAGGAAACAAGGGGUGAUUACGCAAGUUUCGAGCACAUUGAAGAUCUUUAUGGCGUUGAUUCAAUCCGAGGGUGGCAAUUUGGUAGAGAUGGACUUUAAGAGCAACAUCUACAAGGCCAUUGCCUCAAUUAUUGGCCAGUUCCACCAGCGGCUCUCGAUGGAGAUCAAGGCACAAAUUUCAUUGUUAACGAUCCAGGAUUUGGCUCGUGUUGCUCCCGUUUUCAACAAGGUGGCGUUGAAUGAAUACGACGCGCCUCGCUUUUCCGCCAUCCAAGUUUUCAACAAUGUUAUCUACUACAUCUUCCACACCCUUUCGAGCAUCCAGCAUGAUGUCCCCAUCUCCCAAGUCGCUAACAUGGCCGAGUUUGUCAAGAAUGCCAUUGUGUGUGCUGCGUUGCCCAAGGACGUGGCCGAGGAGUAUGCGGACGACUUGGGGUUGUACGUCAGUGAAAUCACCGGGUUGUCUGUAGAGAUCAACCCGCGCGAUGCUAUACUUGACUUUUGGGGGGACUUGAACCAAAGCGGCCUCCAAGCUGCCAGCGCACUAAUCACACAGCUGUUUUCGCUGGACGGAAGAAUUCUAGAAGCCGAGUUGUUUACACUAGAAGGCAUCUUUUCCAGCGACGCCGAGUUGCCCACUGUGCCAUUACAAGACCUCUUGUCUUUUGUUUCCUAUGACGGCAGCUUGGUCACAGCCAGGUGUUUCUUGCUACUUCCGAAAUACUUUGAAAAAUACGGCGACGGAGAAGCAAUCAAGGUGUUUAGCGAUAUGAUUGUUUUCGCGGAAAAGGCAGAAAAGAUUAUUCAAAUAGCAGCAUUGGUCAGCUGCACCUAUUACCAGCACGUGUUUGAGUUUAGUCAACUUGACCACUCUAUCCAGGCCGCCAUAUUCAAGGUUGUGUACCAUCUCAUCGGCGACUGCGAAGAAGACGGACUCGCGGUAUUGAUCGAGGCCAUCACUGUGGCCAUCUCCAUUAACCCAGCGCUUGCUGCCUCGGUUGAGAUUGUGCCCAGCAUCAGUCUCAUUGAUGUGGUUUUCCAAAUUGCAUUCAAAGACCCAGCUAAUGUGCAAUUGAUUUCAGAUGCCUCCGAUUGCUUGAGCACGCUAUUGGAAAGUAUCAACGAGCACGAUUAUUUACUUGCUUGUGAGAAAUCGCUUCCCCACAUUAUCAAAACCAUGCAACAGUGCGAUGGCGAGUACUCACCGCAGUUGUAUCUCAGUUUGGAGUUUUUGGGCAUAGUCAUUAAAUCGAGCCCCGGCACAUUGCCGGCGCGGAUAUUCCUGUACGUGUUCCCCGCGCUAGAGGCAGUACUACUCAAGUCUACCGACAACCAGAUCUUGCAAAGUGGCGGCGAAGUAUUUGACGAGUUGCUUGGCAAAGGCUCGAGUUUGUUUGUUGAGUACAAGGACCCGCAAACGAAGGAAUCGGGAAUGGAGUCGAUCAUGAAGAUUGUGGCCAAGUUUCUUUCGCCCGAGUUAUCGGACAGCGCAGCUAACAAGUGUGGGUCGAUCGUCAGCUCCAUUAUCUCGCAUUUCCAAAACCAGAUCCCUGCGCAGAUCUUGACCCAGAUCCUCGAGGCCACGGUGAACCGGUUGGUCCUUGCCAAGGAACCAGUAACUAUCGAAAAUUUAAUCAUGGCGUUUUGCAAAUUGGUUCUUUUGUCGCCCGAGCAAACGGUGAAUUUCCUUUCGAGCAUGACGAUCAACGGCAAGUCUGGACUCGAGACUGUGCUCCCCAUAUGGUUCGAGUCGUACCAGGUCACGCGAGGAUUCGAGCCCAUCAAGCAAAAUUCGCUUGCCUUGGCAAAGAUUUUCACGUUGGGAGAUGCCAGAGUGGAAAACUUGGUCGUUAAUGGAGAGAUUAUACCUUACGAAGGCAACAAAAUCAUCACGAGAUCAAUGGCCAAGAGCAUGCCGGAGAGAUAUACCCAAACGUCGGCAUCGUUGAAGAUCAUCAAGCUUUUGGUGACCGAGCUCCAAUUCCAGUGCCAGCAACCGGAUGCGUCUGACUAUUUGCCGUUGGAGGACUUUGAAGACGGCAAGACCGGGGAAGACGAUGCAUGGGAGGACAUGGAUGAUAUUGGAGUUCCCAAUUACGAUAAAUUAAAGUCGUAUGUAGAUGAAGACCAGGCACUGGCCGAAAGAAGCAGCGGCGGUGGUACUGGUGGCAGCGGCGACGACAGUUUGAAGCAAUUGUUGAUUCAGUUUUUCAAAGAGUGCACGGCAAAGAACUUGGGCAAUUUUCGGAAAUACUACGAGCAAUUGACUGCCGAAGAGAAGAAAUUGAUCAGCGAAUGCUUGAUCUUUUAA